GACCGCCCACCCAAAGCGCAGGCAGGCCCUGUUCGCUUGGCACCAGUGCUACAGUAUCGCUGUUGCUAUAGUACCACCACAUAUGACCAGAUUUUCUAUAUUUAGAAUUAGAACUCUACGUUAACCCUCACGUAAAUCAGCCCCAUCCAGCCGCUCCAGCCCAGCGAACGGGGUAGCAGUGUCUGGCUCACUCCACCAGUAGUAACUUCGUGCCCACACCGCUUCCUCGCCAAUCCGCACCUAAAUCCGGCGUGCUGGGCGCGAGCAAGGAAGGAAUCCCCGUUGCGAGGAAAGAAUCGCCGCCGGCGGAGGCUAGCUCCUCGGGCUGGGGCUGCAGGAGGCCGCGACCGGGCUGUUUCUGGCUCGUGCCCGGAUCUUGGGGAGAGGGACGCGCGGCGCCUCACCGCGACGGGGACGGAUCCGAUGCGUAGUCGGCCGGGUCGUGAUCAGCGGUUCCAUUCCAGGGUUUACAAGUUUUCCCAACAGUUAUGAAUUAGCUACACAAUAUAAGAUGGCAACUGAGGUCAAUCAAAACUUUUUUGCAUGGUCACAGGAGGAAACUUCUGUGCAGGAUAUUUCGCAGGGAACAUCGCAAGUGUUUGGUCAUGGUUCCAUAUCUUUUGGAAGAUUUGACUUGGAAUCAUUAGAAUGGGAGAAGUGGUCUGUAUUUGCUAAUGAUAGGCGUCAUGAAGAAUUUGGAAAGUUCAAUGGAUUGGUUGCUAAGAAGAAGGCAUACUUUGAAGAACACUUUAAGAGGAUUAGGGAGCUCAAGGCUUUACAGCAACAAAACCAGCAAACUGAACUUCAUCUGGAGUAUGGUGGUGAUAGCAGCAAUUCUAGUCAAACAGGAGAACAUGAACCAGCUGCAGACCAUGGAGCUCCUACUGAAUCUGGAACAUUUUUUGAUGAUUCCAUGGAGCAGACAACAACUGCAACCACAUUUGAGCAUGGAAUGGAAUGCAAUGGUUAUCAUGAGAAUGGGAGCAUAGUUAAUGAAAUUUCGGCGCCAGCUCAUUCUUCACCAGUUGGUGGCUUGCAGCAAAUUGGCAAACAAAUGAGAGGAGAUGUUAGUGGUGAAAUGGAUAUGUUGAAGCAACAUUCUAAUUCCAGCCAAAAUGAUCCUGGAAUGGCUCUUGAGAUUAUGAUAAGUCCUUCAAAAAUAAUUCCAAAGACUAUCAAGAUAGCGUCUAGUAAUGUUUCUGAUCACACAAUUGUUACUAAGGAACCUGAUUCAGGUAAACUCAGUGUGAUAAACCAGAUGGCAAAGUCAGAAAAUAUCCAGUCAUUGCGAAGACCAAGAGAAGCAACCAACAAUUUGGCUGGCACCGCAGCAAGAAGUGGUAUUACAGGCUUAAGAAGUCCUUCCUCGGCAACAUCACAACGGCCCUCAACCAGAGAACGGCGACCUGUCACCAGAGAUGCUUCAAGGAAACCUGCUGAAGUAACCACCCCAUGCCGCCCUUCUGUUUCUGAAAGACGCCCAGCCAUCAGAGAGUCAGCAAUAAAGCAUGCCAGCGAUGCUACCCUGUGUCGACCUUCUACCACUGACAGGCACAAUAUGACCAAAGAAUCAGCACUAAAGCAAUGCAACAUUGCUACUUCACAUCGACCUUCUACUGCUUACAGACGCUCUAUGACCAAAGAAUCAGCACCAAAGCUAUCCAACAUUGCUACUCCACAUCGACCUUCUACUGCUGACAGAUGCCCUAUGACCAAAGAAUCAGCACCAAAGCUAUCCAACAUUGCCACUCCACGACGACCUUCUACUGCUGACAGGCGCCCUGUCAUCAAAGAGUCAACACCAAAGCUAUCCAACAUUUCUACCCCACAUCGACCUUCUACUGCUGAUAGGCGCACUAUCACCAAAGAGUCAUAUCCAAAGCAUUUCAACAUUGCUAGCCCACGUAGACCUUCUACUGGCGAAAGGCGCACUAGCACAAGAGAUAUGACUACAAAAUAUGCUGGUAUUGCACCCUCAUGUCUGCUACCUGCUGUCAAACAACGCCAUAUGACUAGACAGGGCGCACAGAAGCAUGCUGAUGUUGUCACUCUGUGUCAUCCUUCUACCGCAGAGAGGCGCCUCAUUGUUAGCGAUGUUCCACCAAAGCAUGUCACUAUAGCUCUGCCAUGCAGGCCUUCUACUGCCGAGAGGUGCCCCAUUGCUAGAGAUGUUGCACUGAAGCAUGGUUCACCUCACAGGCCUUAUACCGCCGAGAAGCGCCCCAUUUCUAGAGAUAUUGAACCAAAGCAUGCUCCGCCUCACAGGCUUUCUACUGCUGAGAAACGUCCUGCUACCAGAGAGAUUGCAAGGAAGCAAACUGAUGUUGCCAUCUCAUGUUGCCCUUUGACUCCAGAUAGAUGCCUCACCAAAAAAAGUGACAAUUCCACCCCACGACGCCCUUCUACUGGAGAAAGGCGCCCUAUAACCAAUAGCACUACAAUGAAUCCGGAUCCAAAAACACCUAUUGGGUCAAGAACAAUGCCUAACUAUUCAAAGGGUGCUAUGGUCACAGAAGCUGCUCCCAAAAAGGCAAUAACUACCAGUGUUGCUAAAAGUAUUGUGCUGGAAAACAUAAGCUAUGCGAAAGAAAGGUUGGAAUUUCAAGUGGAUGGGAAGCAAAAGUCAAGCCCUUUUAACCUGCCUCCAAGGAAAAUGCUGACUUCCAAUGUUAGAGGUGACUGGGGUCUGGAAAAUUUCAGAAAGCCAAACAAGGAGGGUUUACAUGAGGGACUCCGGGCUCAAGCAUAUAAACCAAAUAACGUGACUCCACUGACUAGAAGUGUAAAGACAAGGGCUCCUGCGCCUCCACCACCUCCUCCCCCACCACGCGGAGCAUCUUGCACUGAGAGGAGGCUGUCGAAUGCCAACAAUUCACCUGCUGGUGGAAGGAAGCCAAAGGCCUCACCUCCGCACUGGCACUAACACAGUAUCUAGGAUGAUCCUGCAACAUAACUCUGAGGCGAAAUUGAAGCACUGACGUUACCUAGAAGCCACAGCCAAUGAACCAAGCUAGCAAUGCUGAUGUUAUCUUUCGUUUUUACUCGUCAUCUGUGUUAGAAUAACCGUAGUAAUGUAUAUGUAGCUAAUCAUGUCCACUAAUGCCUAAUGGCAUCGUAGAUUUGUAGUUGUACCAUCCCGGAUUUAACUAGGGCACUGUAUAUACCUGGAAUAAUUGAAGCUUUAGCUGAAGAAUAUCGUCCCGGAAAUUGUCCCCAGGAUUUGCAGGUCAUGUUCUUUGAUCCUGACGGAUGUCCAUACGGACGUCGGUUCAACCAAUUGAUAGUUCAUUACUAUCCGCA